CGACCCAAUUUUUUGGGUUAUUUAUCUAGAUUCAGGUCCACGUGCAUCUAGAUGUACGUGGAGCUGAAUCUAGAUAAAUAACCCAAAAAAUUGGGUCGUUUUUGCUUGGGUUGCUAAAACAUUGAUUAAUUUCAUCGUCACGCAAUCCAUAUAGAGUAAACAUUUAAAUGAAAAUAUAAUUGGGUGAUAUUUCAAUCUAACCACCAUUUCUAUCCAGUCUAUCUGUUCAAAUGUUUCUUCUUUCGUACCAUUGUCUUCUCGUUGUUUGAAAAUUUCCUCUCAUAAUUUUCAGAGUCCUUCUUUAUAUCUCAAUGCGGUGAAACGGUACACCAUCGUACAUAAACCAGUAAUGCCAUGUUUUCAAAAGCAUGCUUUCCAUCAAGUAUUUCAAAUACUGGAAUAUGUCAUAUCUUUGUUUGAAAUUGAUGAUCUGUUUUACUGUAUAGGUAGAUAAAUUCCAACCGAAUGUCUGAUGUCAAUACGUUUUCCGAAAAAAACAGCGUUUGAAAAGCUAGUAACUUGAAAAACACUAAACUAAUAAGAGACGGCAAUUGACUAAGAUAGCCCUAGUGGUAUAAAGCAUAACAGUAGGUUUGUUCCCACCCUGACUCUAUACUCGGGCGAGUCUAAACUGCAGCAGACAAUUGAAAGUAGCACCAAAACGUAAAAAAUCGCAACGUAGUCUCUCUGUUUCAAGCUACUGUACAAUAACGCGUAUGAUCCAGUCAUGUAGAUCGUAUAAGAUAUGACAAUGAUGUAUAUUGAUAAAAGUAGAAGGAAAGGUUCGAUUUGGUGGAUACUUUUAUCAGAGAUAGAGAAUUGGAUGAGAAAACUGACGUGCUUUGACCCUCGAGUAGUGCGUGAAAUGUUCUUCAUCUGUCUACGCUACGACGUAACGAAAGCAUGACGCCUUCGUGCAAAAGUUUUUACUACAGAUGCGCCUUGAAAAAUGAAAAAUUGAGCUGUUAAUCUACAAAAAUUUCUUUCUUGUGUGAUUGAAGAAAGUAAACAAAACAUUAUGUUUUUUCGAGUACAAAGGUCACUUUAAAAGAGUAUAAUCUUUAAUGUAAUGAUUAAAACAGAAGAAAAAAUGCAUCAGAAGAGGUUUGAAUUCACAAGAGAUUAGUCUGAAAUUUUCAGAGCUAUCUGAUAUUAAAUAGGUGUGUGUGUGCUUUAACGCAAAAAAGAAGUACUGAUGAACUUUAUUCUAUAGAAUUUUCCGCCACGAUGACUUUUUAUAUCUUAACUACUGGUAAGAAUUGAGCAAACAUUUUGUCAUAAGGCAUCCUUUUCUGCUUCCGAAGAUGAAAUGUUUGGUUAAUUCUUGCUUAGACUUCCAGCACAACCUGGUAAAUUAUCAUUAGAUGGUGUUGACACAACGAAAUACACAGCUCCAAUAACCUAUGCAUCGGUAAACCUUAAAGGCUAUUGGAAAUUUUCCAUGAAUAGUGUUAGUGUUUUAAAUACAAAAGUAUGUUCAUCUGGAUGUUAUGCCGUAGCUGAUAUGAGUACAACAUUUAUAACUGGUCCAUCGUCACAAGUCAGCAAUUAA